AUGGUCAAGAUAGCAGAACUCAAGGUGGACCAGUUGAGAUUUUUGUUAAGAGAACGAAAUCUUGCAGCUGCGGGAUCCAGAGCAGAGUUAGUACAGCGACUAGUUGAAUUUGAGGAAUUAGAAGACGUGGAGAUGCCACAAGCUAGUGGAAACGUGAGUCAACGAGAGGAAUCGGUGACGUCAAAAGCGGCAGCUAUUUCACAACUGCAGAAUGAAUUGACUGAGCUGAAGAAUAUGAUGGCGCAGUUGGUGAGCAUGCAGAAGCCAAAUGCAGAUGAUAGAGUUAAUGGGCAGCAACGCACAGAGGAAACCAGGAGGAAUAUCACAGGAGACGAUAUUCCUAAUCUACAAGCCAGAAACAACGUGAGACAAGCGUCGGUAAAGGAAAUCGCAGACACUUUGCCAGAGUUUGAUCCAGGAGACGAGAACGCUAUAUCAGUGAACCAAUUCAUCGAUCGUGUCAACAAAUUGGUUGGUGCGUAUCAUUGGGACGAGACGUUUUUAUUAUUGGCAAUUUAUACAAAGAUCAAGGGACCAGCCAAGAUGUGGUUCGAUUCUUCGCCAGUGGUGCACACUACGUGGAGUGACUUCGCGCAAGCUAUGAGAGAUGAGUUUGGAGCACGCCCGGACGAAGCGGAAGUGCAUUUCAACAUGACUAAUGCAACCAGACGAGCAAAAGAAACAGUGAAGGAGUAUUGUUUCCGGAUGUCAGCCCUAGGAGUGCGGUACAGUCUGAGCGAGGCAGCGGUUAUCAGAUAUGUUCGCGCAGGAUUACAGCACCGAGAGUUGCAAAACAGCAUUGCAGCGAUACAUUUUUCAACAAUGAAGCAGCAUAGAGAUGCAGCCGAAUCUUAUUUCGUAAACAGAGGUCGGACAGCAGCAAACAAAAAGGAGUUUGUGCCUAAAUACAACAAUUUCGAGAUGAAACAGGACAGCGAUGUGAAAGCAGCAAAGCCAAAGGAUUUGAAGACAUGUUUCAAGUGUGGAGAGUUGGGACACUUUGCCAAUUCGUGCCCAAGUAAGGAGGAGAAGCUUCGCUGUAACAAAUGCAAUACUUUUCAUGCAAUCACGGAAAGUUGCCAAACUGCAAAGGUGAUGGGUUUAGGAGCAACAAAUCAAGACAAGUUAUUCACCAGAAUAGUCCGUAUAAAUUCAAAGAGCUAUAACGCAUUUAUAGAUACGGGUAGCCAGGCUAGAAUCAUUCGACAGUCAGUUGCGAAUGAAUUAAAGGCAGAUCGGCAUGAGUGCUCUAUGAGGAUUAGAGGCAUAUGUGGAGGAUCGUGUAUUCUUUCUGAAGAAGUCGUUAUCCAGAUGGACGUUGAAGGGAAGACCAUUGAUGCCAAGUUAUACGUAGCAGACGACGAGCUUUUGCAAGAAGACCUUUUGCUGGGACAGGAUGUCAUUGUUAGCGCCCAGUUAUCCCCAAAAUUUACGGCAGACGACGUCGAAGUCAAGCGAGCGGUGCAGCAAGCAGAAACUAUUGGAAGCGAACGUGGUACUCAUAAGCUUCUUGUUAAUAUGCAAAACAAUCAGGAAAGAAGUCAAAUGAAUCAGUUGUUGAGCAAGUUCGAAGAUGUCUUCUCUACAGGAUUGCAAGGAAUAGGAAAAACUCACAUUGUCCAAGCCAAAAUAGAUGUUGAGAGCAACCAAGUAGUUUCCCAGCCACCAUACAGAAUUCCCGAUCAAAAGAAGGAAGUUGUCGCCAAGAUGUUGGACGAGUUAUUGCAGCAGGAUAUUAUCCAACAAUCUACGUCAGAGUAUGCCAGCCCUGUAGUACUCAUCAAAAAGCCGAACGGUAGUGACCGACUAUGUGUUGAUUACCGCCGUCUGAACAAGCUGUUAAAGAAGGAGAAUUUUCCGGUCCCGAAUAUAGAAGAGCGUCUUCAAGAGGCGAAACGAUUUAAGUAUUUCACCUCACUGGAUUUAAAUAGCGGAUAUUACCAAAUUGAGAUAGCACCUGAAAGCCGAAAGUUUAUCGCAUUCAUCACCACAGAUGGACUUUACGAGUUUAAGCGACUUCCGUUUGGGCUAAAGAAUACCCCCGCAAUUUUCAAUCGUCUCAUGGAAGAACUACAAAAGCGAGUGCAUAAAGGAGAUAUGAUUCACUACAUGGACGACAUUCUUAUUGGUAGCAAUAAUUUCGAGGAGAUGUAUGCCAAGCUAGAGAGAGUCCUUACAGUAUUGCGAGAGUGUGGACUAACUCUAAAUCUGGAUAAAUAUGCUGAACAGGAAUUACACACAGAUGCCAGUGAUGUGGGUUUGGGCGCCGUACUGAUGCAAAAUGAAGAGGGUCAACUAAAGCCAAUUGCUUAUUUUAGUCGAGCAACGUCUAAGUCUGAGAAAAAUUAUCACAGUUAUGAGCUGGAAGCUCUAGCCGUCGUCGAGUCGUUGGAGCGAUUUUAG